AUGUUUCUUCUUCGUGUUAUAGUUGAGCUUUAUUUAAGCUUAGCUGAAUCAAAUAUAGAAGUAAGACGUGUACACCAUGACAAACCUGUUGAUUAUAAAAAUGGGGGAGAAAGGAUAAUUGAUGGAAUAAAUAAAUGGUUUGAGGAGUUUGGAGGAUUAAAUAAAGAAGGUUAUGAAGUAUUUGAAAAUAAAAUUAAAAAUAAUAUAAAAAUAGUACUCUAUAAUGAAAGAGGUAUUUUUAAAUAUAUGGAUAGUGCAGAUACUUGGGCAGACCAGAACCAGACCAGAAAAAUCUUCAAAAUCACAACCCGAACGAUUUUUUUCUCACCUCGAGACAUCCCUGACUUAUGUAGACCUGUUGCACUUCCAGAAAGAAUAUAUAAAUGA